AGCGAUGCUCUCUCAGUCAUCAGGAGAAGACUUGGCUGCCGCGCCAAGUAAUCCAUAGAAUAAUUGAGUAUGUUACCUUGCAUGAUCGAGCUAUAAAAACUCGCUCUACCUAUAAAGUAGCAACAGUAACCAGCAGUCAACCUUCCUAUUAAGAACAACGCUACACAGACUUAGUGGAACGCAAGUGCCGUCUAGCGCACGCGGGGUGCGGAUGGUUCCCGCAUCUAAGGCUGAACACUACUCCUGGUGUUGGCGAAGUUAUGUUAUUUUUGGGUCAAGUGGUGUCACAGGAAGCGGCUACAUUAGAGCAAAGUAUUUAAAUUACAGACUUUUCCUCUCUAGCCAUAAUACUUCAGUGCCUUAUCCAGCUUCUCACUCAUCUUUGACAAUCAUAUCUUUGAAGAAAGCAUCAUGGCAAAGUCUAUCAUGAAAUUCCUGGCACUGCCAGCCCUUCUUGCUGGUGCCGCGCAGGCCUUGACCUUCACCAACAACAUCCCGGUUGAUAGUUACUACAAGGUUGGGUCCGAGUUUACAUUGGAAUGGCUCCCGGAGACGAGAACCGACUCUUUCCGCCUAGAGGUGUCGUCAUUCCUAGCUGAACCGAUUCUUGUAUCGCCCAGUGGCGGUCCGCUCGGCUCGCCAAUUUACGACUACAAGUCGCAGACCAUUCUUCUUGACGAUGCUGUCAAGUUCACCGAUGGUAGCUACACGUGGGUGAUCGAAAAAAUAGACGGUCGCACUGGUGGAGAUUGGUUUUACGGCUUUUCGGCAUCUUGGGAAUACGGAGGUUCAAGCCCACGAUCUUUCCACCUGGAAGCUUAAAAGUCAUCUAUGGGAUGUCUAGGAGAACUGGAUCAUAAGCAGUGAUGCUGUACAAAAAGAUAGAACAUUAUACAAGUCAAGCAAUGGAAUUUGUACUAUUAUCACGCUAUCUGUAAUAGGCCUUGUGCUCGAAUGGGGACAAGGUUUUGAUACUGACAUCAGAGUAAACUAAGGGGAGCGCGUUUACUACCUAUUUCACACAGGUGUUCGUAACCGCCGCCGUGCC